GUAAACAAGAGCAGCCUGAGAUAGCUGAGCUGAGAUGAGCGGCUUAUGAUUGAUUACUAAAUCUAGAUCUAUGGCUUUCUAAAAUAAAAGCUCUAUUUAAUCAUUCAUGGUUGAGAUUAAAUGGGUUCUAGAGCUUCGAGAGGAUCAAAUUCUACAUCUCAAAGAACAAUGGAUGAAGAAGCAGAAGAUUAUUCCGCAGUGCUUGCCUACUUAUUAAGAAGUGGUCAAAUUCGUUUGCUCUCACCUGGUGAAGAUUGCUUCAAUGAUAGUGAUGAAGCUGAAGCUGAAGAAGAUGACAGUCAAUCAAUCCGUGAAGAAGAUGAUUCAUCACACACUAAUGGAAUGGAUGGAAGUGACCUGAAACAGGAAAUGUUAUCUCGUGCUGGAGCUACCCACAAUGCCACAUCGCUUCCAAAUGUAAACAUAACGCGAUUGCUUCAGAAGAGGCAGAUAGGGAGCUGUCUUCGGAGAGGAUUUUCACCUAAUGAACAGUCUCAAUUUGGCUCAGUAUUUCUUCCAAAUCACCACCGUACUGUAGCUCACUUCCCUGGCAAGGUCUUCUGUGGAACCUAUUCUAUGGAUGGUUCUGUCUUCUUAUCAGCAUGUCAGGAUCAGAACAUCAGGUUAUAUGAUGUUAAGAAUGGAUACUUCAAGAAAUUCAAAGAAAUCAGAGCUAGAGAUGUAGGAUGGAGUAUUCUAGAUACAGCCUUUAGCCCUGAUGGAAACUUUGUUAUAUACUCCAGUUGGUCUCAUUCAAUUCACUUGUGUAAUAUCUACGGUGAAGAUGAGACUCACAACUCCCUGGACCUUAGCCCAUAUACCGAGGGCCACUUCUGUGCCUUCUCCAUACGAUUCUCAAAUGAUGGCUCGGAGAUCCUAGCUGGGGCUAAUGAUGGCUGCUUGUACGUCUAUGAUCGAGAGAAGAAUGAAAGAACAAUGAGGAUUGAAUCUCAUGAGGAUGAUGUAAGCGCUGUAUGUUUUGCUGAUCAGAGCUCUCAGAUCCUCUUCUCAGGUGCCGAUGAUGGCAUGUGUAAAGUAUGGGAUAGACGCAUGUUAGAUGGAUGCAAUGACAGACCAAUAGGGACCUUUGCUGGUCACUUUGAUGGAAUCACCUACAUUGAUUCAAAGGGUGAUGGUCGUCAUCUGAUAACAAACUCUAAAGAUCAGUCUAUAAAGCUAUGGGACAUGAGGUGUUUCUCACCUAGCAACGUAGUGGAGGCAAGCCGACGAGCUGUUGCUCAACAACACUGGGACUAUAGGUGGCAGCAGGCACCUAGAAAAUGUAAAAGAGAUCGCUAUAUAAAAGGUGACACAUCAUUGAUGACUUACAAGGGGCACUCUGUCUUACACACCCUUCUAAGAUGCAGAUUCUCACCUCAAUUCACUACUGGUCAGAGAUACAUUUAUGCAGCUUCAGCAGGCGGAUCUAUCGUCAUCUAUGAUGUGCUGACAGGGGAUACAGUGCGCAGACUACCUGGACACAGCCAGUGUGUGAGGGAUGUCUCGUGGCAUCCGUAUGAGAACAAGAUUAUUAGCUCAGGGUGGGAUGGCUACCACAUACUGCAUCAGUACAAGGGUAUGGAAGAAUGUGAAGACGAAGAUGACUUCUCAUCAAAUCCAACCAGUGAAGAGGAUGAUAUCGACAUCUUUAGACCUUUAAGAAGAUCUCAACCUCUUUUCUCUGACUGGUAAUAGCAAUCAAGGGUGAGAUAUACUACUAGUAUCUUCAUUCCAUCUUUGGGUCUUCAAGAAGACUUCAACCUCGUUUCUCUGAUCGAUGAUAGCAGCCAAGUUGAAGGUUUUUUUUUAGUGAGGUAUACUAUUAUUCUUCCAUCAUUCCCUGAAUAAUUAACAUAUAAAGGGGGAAUUUUGCAUCAAUGACAAGAGCAACCAUUUUAAAUGACUAGUUUGAUCCUGCUCAUCAUAGAGUUGUUUCCUUCAAUCAACGAUAUAACGGUAACUAAAACAAAGCAAAACAUAUUUUGUAGUUUAAAUCAUGAUCAGGGCACCUAAUACAUACAGCAGUGUUGAGUAUUCCGUUAUUUAUCUCGUCAGGUCUAAGAAACAGUAGAUGGGCUCUCUAUUUUUUUUCUUGGCCGGGCCUAGUGGAUAUGUCACCGGACUGUGGAUCACAUGGUUCACGGUUUGAGUCCCAACCGUAGCACUUAUGCUCUUUGGCGAGACAUUAAUCUACAUUUCCCACUCUCCACCCAGGUGUUUAAUGGGUACAUUGUAGGAUGCGAAUGUUAAUGUGGUUGAAUUGGCAGGUUUGCGCUUGUAAAAUGGCACCUGGCCGAGAUACUCCUCAAGGAGCGUAGCGUGUGCACUACCAUAUGUGGAUUAGCAGUUGAAUCCAAUGACCAUGAUAAUAAUAAUUACAAUGUCAAGUGCUUUGAAACAUAGUAUUAAUCACAUAUAAAUGUGACUAUUGGGAUUAUUAUUAGGGACUUUUAGAUUGAGUGGACGAGAACGGUGUGAACGUCCACUGAUCAUGCCUGUCCGUGGCAAGCCAUUUUAACAUUUAUCCCUAUUUCUUGAUAUCAAGAAUUCAAUUCUUGAUGUCAAAUGAUUUUCUAUUGUAAUUCUUGAUAUCAAGAAAUAUGAAUAAAUGUUAAAAUGGCUUGCCAUAGACACAGGAUCAGUGGACGUUCGCGCCGUUCUCGUCCACUCAAUCUAAAAGUCCCUAUUAUCAUUUUGUGUUAUGAUUUUUGUGUGUAGUGUGUGUGUUGUGUUUUUGUCAGUAUGUACCAGAUCUUGGCUGUGGAAGGACUAAAGUGUUAUGGUAAUACAAGGUAAAUAGAUAAGUGUGCAAUGAGGAUUACAUGAUAUUGGUACUAAUAGUACCGGUAUAUCUUUUUGUACAUGUAUUAUAUGUAUAAUUGUACAUACAAACAUUAUUGUAUAUCAUUAAUUAUAUCAAAUCUAUAUUUUCAUAUUAUGUCUAUGCACAAUACAUGAUAUGACUGACCUCGGGAUGAUAGUCAAUGGACUUCCAAGAUUAUGUGAAUGUCAUGAUAUCUCAAAAAUAAUCAUUGUAGUUGUGUGUGAGUGUGAAAUUGCUAAUUAUACCUAGUGCAUUGUCAUUUUGUGACAGUUGAACAUUUCAAAUUGUGACAGUACCUUCAAAUUGGUCCAAUUUUUACAACUGUACAUUCCUUAAAAGGAAAUUUUAUUACAUGUUAUUACAUGUAUUAUAGAGAUGUCCCUCCGUGAAGGGGAGAUGUCUGGCACAAAACAUAAAGGUUUAAAGAAGUUUAUAAUCACAAGGAGUUUUCUCCUGAUGUGGAAUUGUCCAAAGUGCAAAUCUCGAGUUCAUCUAAGAAUUAUUUACCGGUAUUAUACAAAUAAUUAUGUGUAUAGAUAAUGAUAUGAUUGCAUUGACAUCUAGUGCCUUAAUGUCAAGCAGGCCUCUAAUAGUAUCAUGUGACUGCCUCCUUCUAGAGAUGAACUUCUGUUUGAGAAUUUGUCAAUUUGAUCAUGCAAAUGACAAUUAAAGACUCAACUUUAGAUAGGAAGGUAUAAUGUAGACAACAUUUACUUCAUGAAAAUGGAAGAAGAAAAAAAUAACUGAUGACAAACACUAACAUCUGAUUAAAGAUUUAAGAAAUACAGUUGAUAAUUGAUAUUACUGUAUCGUAAUAUACAGUAAGUGAGAGAGCCAGAUAUAUGUACAAUUUAGUUACCGGUAUUCGUUUAAACAAAACAAUUGUGAAAACAUGAUUGGUUGAGUAGUUGCGUGUUAUUGCAUGUUAUGUACUCUAUACAUGUAUGCUUCUACUACAGUACUUUCUAUUAUGUAGGAUCUUUAAAAAGAUAAUGUUAUGUUAUUUAUGGUCAAUAUCAUUUUAGAGUCUGAAAGAAUGUCACUACCUCAAUAGAUUAUAAAAAAUUAAAAAAUCAUUGUCAAUCUUGAACAAAGAUCACAUAUCAAAUGACAUAUAAUUCUCUGUUCCUCAAUUUAAAAAAAUCCACCAACUGUAAUAUUACUUUCUCAUACUGGUAUGGAAGUUUGUUAUGCUUUUGAAUAUAUUAUUCAUUUUCAGGGUACGUCUAAGAGUGCGAAGUAAGUUUUUCAUUUUUUUUUUUAAAUUGAUCAUUUACUCUACACCAAAAUGAGGAGUUUUCACUUAGCUGUGAAUCAUGUAGAUCCAUGCAUACAUUGACGGUUUGAACUGGGAUGUUUUCACGAUUUUGUUUCCUUUUUAGAGCUACUACAAAGCAGAUUUUAUGCUUUGAAAAAAUAAAAGAUAUUGGUACUGUUCCAUGUUUAAACAAACAAAUCUUUGAUAUGUAUCAUAAAGCUUCAUUUUGAUAAGGUACUAUACAUUUAUUUUAAUAGAGUAAUGUACAUUUAUUAGAUAUGUUGCAUUGCAUGUGUGUGAUCAUCAUUUUCUUUUUAAUCAAGCAAUAUUGAUGACAAAUAAAGUGUAGAUACAUGUAGUGAAAUAUUUGUAUGUCAGCUCUAUCCAAAUACUGGUACAUGUCGAGGAUAAUUAUGUUUUAUGAAUUUACGUAUCAUUGUGUCCUUCACUUAAUUUUUUAUUGGACAUAGUUGAUAUCAUGCUCUAAAGAAAAUCUUCUGUCCUAUUGACUUUGUUUGAUUGGGUAACUUUUAACUGUAUAUGUCUUUAUGUAUACAAAACAAUGUAAAAUGUGUCUAUUUUAUUACAAUCACGUCAUGAUUUUUAAAUCAUGAAUAGUGCUUAAUCACGAGAGAUUAAAAAGGAUAAGGAUAAUGAUGUAAA